AUGAGUUGGGAAAAUGAGGUCCUGAUGUAUGAAUUAGAUCAAUUGGAAAGAACCGAAAUGGAGGACGAACAGAAAAGGAAGAAGGGAGAAAAAGUAAAGAAAGAAGACAAAGUGAAGAAGGGAGAAGAAGAGCAGAAAAGGAAGAAAGAAGAAGAAAUGAAAGAACAAAAGAAGAAGGAAGAAAAAGUAAAGGAAGAAGAAAUGAAAGAACAAAAGAAGAAGGAAGAAAAAGUAAAGAAGGAAGAAGAGCAGAAAAGGAAUAAGGAGGAAGAAAUGAAAGAAGAACAGAAGAAGAAAGAAGAAAAAGUAAAGAAGAAAGAAAAGCAGAAAAGGAAGGAGGAAGAAAUGAAAGAAGAACAGAAGAAGAAGGAAGAAAAAAUAAAGGAAGAAGAGCAAAAAAGGAAGGAGGAAGAAAUGAAAGAAGACCAGAAGAAGGAAGAAAAAGUAAAGCAGAAAGAAGAGCGGAAGAAGAAAGAAGAAGAAACAAAAGACGAACAGAAGAAGAAAGAAGACAAAGUAAAGAAGGAAGAAGAGGAGCAGAAAAAUAAAACUGAGGAGAUAAUAAAAGAAGAAGAGCGAAAAAGAAAGAAUGGAGAAAAGAAGAAAGAAGAAAAAGCUAUGAAUGGAGAAGAACAGAAAAAUAAGGAAGAAGAAAGAUCUAUGAAAGGAAAAGAAGAACAGAAGAAGAUGAAGGAAGAAAUGAUAAAAGACAUUGAUGGAGACAAAUUGACAAACAGAGGAAAGAAGAGAAAAAAUGAACAAGUAGACAUUCCUUAA